GCCGUGUAAAUCCCUCCGCUUCCUGUGUCUCGGCCUCAUUAGCUCGGUGAGGCGGCAGCGGCGGGGCGGCGACUCCUCUCUCGUAUCCUCACACCGCGGAGAUCCUGAAAGAUGCCCUCAGCCACCAGCAGCAAGGCUGUGCCGGGUUCCGGCGAAGCCACAUGUGGGACUGGAAACAUUCAAAGUGAGGCCAUGAAACAGAUCCUGCUAGUUCUGGACAAGAAGCUACGUAACCUAGAAAAGAAGAAGGGUAAGCUGGAUGACUACCAGGAUCGAAUGAACAAAGGGGAGCGGCUGAACCAGGACCAACUGGAUGCGGUGGCAAAACAUCAGGAGGUUGUAACCAACAUGGAGUUUGCUCGAGAACUGCAGAGGAGCUUCAUGGCACUGGGCCAAGAUAUCCAGAAAACCAUCAAGAAGGCAGUUCGACGCGAGCAGCUGAUGCGGGAAGAGGCAGAACAGAAGCGUUUAAAGACUGUUCUCGAGCUGCAGUUUGUCUUGGAUAAGCUCGGUGACGAGGAGGUGCGCAAUGACUUGAAACAAGGUUUAAAUGGGGUUCCAGUGAUGUCUGAAGAAGAGCUGUCUGUAUUAGAUGAGUUCUACAAACUGGUGGAGCCUGACCGUGACCCAACAGUAAGGUUGUGUGAGCAGUAUGACCAGGCUUCCAUCCACCUCUGGGAUGUGCUAGAAGGCAAAGACAAGGCUGUGUGUGGAACCACAUAUAAGGCCGUGCAGGAAAUACUGGAUCGCAUUCUUCACAGUGGAUAUUUUGAUAGUGCCCAGAACCACCAGAAUGGGCUGUGUGAGGAGGAGGAACCGCCUGCAGCACCGCCUGCGGAAGAACAGACACCUGAGCUAGAACCUGAAGUGGUGGAAGAAUAUGCUGAGCCCAGUGAGGUGGAAUCCACAGAGUUCGUGAACCGACAGUUCAUGUCAGAAAACCAGUUCAGCAGCGAGAAGGAACAAGUAGACGAGUGGACAGUAGAAACCGUGGAAGUUGUAAACUCACUCCAGCAACAGCAAGCAGCAUCCCCUCCAAUUCCCGAGCCCCUCGCACUAAACGCUAUUCCACAAAUCCAGCCUGAUCCUAUUGUCCGGAGGCAGAGGGUACAGGAUCUGAUGGCCCAAAUGCAAGGUCCAUACAAUUUCAUGCAGGACUCCAUGUUGGACUUUGAAAACCAACCAAUCGACCCAGCCAUUGUAUCGGCACAGCCCAUGAACCCAGCUCAAAGCAUGGAGCUGCCGCAGAUGGUUUGCCCGCCUGUUCAUUCUGAAACACGACUAUCUCAGCCCAGCCAAGUUCCAGACAGCACACAGGUUGGCCUGGUAUCUUCCACUAGUGAAGGCUAUACUGGCUCCCAGAUGUACCAGCCUUCUCACCCCACAGAACAGAGAUCCCCAAAAGAUCCCAUGGAGCAAAUUCAGGCCUCUCUGUCGUUAAGUCCAGAUCCAACGCAGACUUCCUCCUCGCUUCCUGCUGCUUCCCAACCUCAGGUGUUCCAGACUGGGUCCAACAAGCCGCUGCACAGCAGUGGUAUCAAUGUGAAUGCUGCCCCAUUCCAGUCUAUGCAGACAGUGUUUAAUAUGAAUGCACCGGUCCCUCCUGUAAAUGAGGCGGAAACGCUCAAACAGAACCAGUACCAGACCACUUACAGUCCAUCGUUCCCCGGCCAACCUCAUCAGGUGGAACAGUCUGACCUUCAACAAGAGCAGCUACAAUCAGUGGUAAACACUUACCAUCCAGUAUCGGACCAGUCUCACCAACCUACACAGCAGAAUGCUGGCUUUCCCCGGAACAACCAACCCUUCUACAACAACCGAGGACUGGCCAGAGGGGGGCAGCGUGGCAGCAGGGGCUUGAUCAACGGCUACAGAGGACCAUCUAAUGGCUUUAGAGGCAAUUAUGAUGGCUACCGACCUGCCUUCUCAAACACUCCAAACAGCGGUUAUUCACAGCCACCGUUCAACGCUCCCCGGGAUUAUACCAACAACUACCAGCGGGAUGGCUACCAACAAAAUUUUAAGCGUGGCACCGGUCAGGGAGGUCCUCGCGGCGCUCCUCGAGGUCGUGGAGGGCCCCCAAGAGCUAGCCAAGGGAUGCCACAAUUGAACAGUCAAGAAGUCCACUAACCUGCUGGACGGAAGCCACCAGCUGGUGUCUGUUACAUGAAGCUCAUUUUAUUUUCGUAUUCCCCUUUCCUGGAAAUCUUACUGUAAGGACUUAUUGUUGCCUGGUUUAAGAUGAAACUGGAUCUACACAACACUCUAGAACAUGUUCAUUGGAUAGUUGAGUGAGGAGCCAGUUGCAGCUUCAUGUGCUCCCGAUGUUUUGUAGGACUUGAUUAUUUUCUCUGGUUAAACACGGCUGUGAGGUGGGGGGUCAGGAGAAACCCUUUCACCCUAGGCCAUUAAAUGAUUAAUUCAGUGGAGAAGAGGUCCAUUACUCAAGCCAUCAGUCAUAGAUUAUGAUAUGGCUGUCACGGUCUUGCCCAGCUGUAGGUGGUGCAGUCAUAUCUUGCUCCACCUGUCCUAUGAGGUCUAGGUAUCCUUCACCCCCCCCCCCCCCCAUUAUCCCCCCGCUUCCACUUCUUUUCAAUAUUUCCAUUGCCCAGUUAGAGAAUUUAGGCAGUUUGGUAUCAUUUGAAGGCUGGCUCAAGUUGUAUCUACAUUCUGACAGAGUGCAAGCUCCACACAUUAGUAAUUCCAUGUUGGAUAUAAGGUUUUUUUUGCAAAUUUCCUGCUCCAGGACUCUUGGUUGCAGCGCCUCCUCCAGGGUACUACUUGCUUGACCUGCCCUUGUGGUUCGACCUUCCUCGGUGAAGGAGACUUGUAGUCUGGCAACUAACGGAUCAAUCGUUAGAAAAGAAGGCCAAUAAAAACAUGUUUAUAAGAA